UGGGGGGGCAAGAUGGCGGCGGUGCUGGAAGUGGAGGUUGGCGGCGCCGUCGAGCGGGACGUGGAGGAGGUUGAUCUUUCGCACUUGUCUCCAGAAGAAAGAUGGAGGGUGGAGCAUGCACGGAUGCAUGCCAAACACCGUGGCCACGAGGCUAUGCAUGCCGAAAUGGUCCUCAUCCUUAUUGCCACGUUAGUGGUUGCACAGCUCCUGUUGGUUCAGUGGAAACAGAGACACCCUCGCUCCUAUAAUAUGGUGACCCUCUUCCAGAUGUGGGUGGUGCCUCUGUAUUUCACAAUAAAGCUGAACUGGUGGCGGUUCUUGGUAAUCUGGGUGCUCUUCUCCGCUGUCACAGCUUUUGUCACCUUCAGGGCAACUCGAAAACCUCUGGUACAGACAACACCCAGGCUGGUUUACAAAUGGUUUCUACUAAUAUACAAAAUCAGCUACGCCACUGGAAUCGUUGGGUACAUGGCUGUGAUGUUUACACUUUUUGGUCUUAACUUAUUAUUCAGAAUCAAACCAGAAGAUGCGAUGGACUUUGGCAUCUCCCUUCUCUUCUAUGGUCUUUACUAUGGGGUCCUAGAGCGGGACUUUGCGGAGAUGUGUGCAGAUUACAUGGCCUCAACUAUUGGGUUCUACAGUGCCUCGGGAAUGCCCACGAAGCACCUCUCCGACAGCGUCUGCGCUGUGUGUGGCCAGCAGAUCUUCGUGGACGUCAAUGAAGAGGGGAUCAUCGAGAACACGUAUCGCCUCUCCUGUAAUCACGUGUUUCACGAGUUCUGUAUCCGUGGCUGGUGCAUUGUCGGGAAGAAGCAGACGUGUCCAUACUGCAAAGAGAAGGUGGACCUGAAGAGGAUGUUCAGUAACCCCUGGGAAAGGCCUCACGUCAUGUACGGGCAGCUGCUGGACUGGCUGCGUUACCUGGUGGCCUGGCAGCCGGUUAUCAUCGGACUGGUGCAGGGCAUUAACUACAUCCUGGGCCUGGAGUAAGGGAAGCCGGUGGGGAAGCCGUGGAGCCACGAGAGGACGCGAGCCGAGGGCAGAGGACAGCAGCUGGCCAGGGAGGCUGGUUUUUAUCCUUCACCUCUCAGGAUCUUGGCUGCCCUCAAGGACCGCGGCAUCAGGGGCUGACGGAGGACUCUGCCCAGGCGACUCCCAGCCAGGCGCCUCCUGUUUGGGCCGGGGAAGCAGUUUUUUUCUUUCUUUUUUUUUUUUUAAGCAAUUAUUUUAACGAGCGUAUUUAAAACUUUCUAUUGCAGAUGAAAAGACAUUGGUCCCGUUUCCCUCCCCCAGCCCCUUGCCCCCUUAGCCGUGGCUCGUCCCUGCGGGAGGCAGGCUGCCGGCCUCGCGCGGAGCCCCUGCCUCGGGGCCGCCUCCGCCUCCCUCCCCGCGGCCGUGCCGCCCCGGACGCAGCCGGCGGGGAGCCCGGGGCUUCGCUGGCUCCCCGCGGCAGUCCUGCCGCGAGCGUAGGAGGAGACGGGGAAGCGGAGCCGCGCCGAGGGUCGGUGCUGUGCCCAGGCGGAGCUGGGCGCCGUCCGCCCGCUGCGCGCAGAAGACCCGCCGGCGGGACGCGCUGCCGCGGAGGAGAGGCCGCCCGAGGGAGGUGUCGCGCCGAGGGCCGGAGCGCAGGUCAGAGCCCCCGUCGCCCGGCGCCGUGCCCUCCGAGGAAGGAACCGGGGGCGGCCGGGGCCGCUCGGCCGCCGCCGCGCGGGACCCUCGCGGGCCGGGCCGGGCCGCUCCUUGCCCGGCGCCCGUCCUGGGGCGCGCGGCGGACGCGAGCCGUCCUCCUCCCCCAGGCAGCCCCACGUCCGCCCCCCCCACCGGUGACCUUUUUGUACGGUCACGUCUUUUUCUAUGCGUGCUGGGGUCCCCCGAGCCCCGGUCCCCUACGCGACCCGCGUGCCAGCGAGCGGAGGCGGGCGCCCGGGCCCCCGUCUCUCCCCACACUCCUUUCCCGGGCGGAGAGCGGAGGCAGGCGGAGGGGCCGGGGGGGGCCGGGCCCCAGCCUGGGCGCUGCGCUCCUCGCUCCGGUUAUUGCUCUUCCCUCGGCAGGGAGGUGGGAAGAGGACGCAGCGAUGGCUCAGGGCAGGGCACCGCAGGGCCCGGGCGGGCGCUUCUCUGCGCUGCUCCGCUGGCGCUGGAGAAGGAGCAGCGCUUCGCCUAGGGCGACCUUGAGCUCGCGGCCGGCAGCACUGGCGUGCGGACCGGGGCCAGGACGUGCCGCUCCAGGGCGCGGAGCCGCCAGGAAGCCAGCCGGGGCGGCGACGGGCUCGCCCGGCUCCCGCGGGCGGCGCGGGGGCCAGGAUGCGGCGGCGGCCGGCACCGCGGUCUUUGCGCGAGCUGCUGGCCCGCGCCGUAGCGCGUCCCUUCUCCCCCGGGGAGACCCGCCACGGCCGCCUGCUCUGCUGCGUUCUUUCGGUUUUGUUUCGGGUGAAAUCACAUUGACAUGUCGUGCCAAACACCGAAAUAGAAUCCUGGAAACGGA